AGGAGUCAGGAUGGAGCCCUCGGCCCUGAGGAAGUCUGGCUCCGAGCAGGAGGAGGGCUUCGGGGUGCAGGCCAGGAGGAUCGCUGAUCUGGGCACGGUCCCCAAUCUCCGGAGAAGCAACAGUAUCCUCUACAGGAGCAGGAGGCUGCAGUGUCCCUUCGGCAACAGUGAAAAGCAAGAAAAUCUUAGUUCUUGGAUUCCUGAAAACAUCAAGAAGAAAGAGUGCGUGUAUUUUGUGGAAAGUUCCAAGCUGUCUGAUGCUGGGAAGGUGGUGUGUGAGUGUGGCUACACACGCGAGCAGCACUUGGAUGAGGCCACCAAGCCCCAUGCCUUCCAGGGCAAGGAGUGGGACCCAAAAAAGCAUGUCCAGGAGAUGCCAACAGAUGCUUUUGGUGACAUCGUCUUCACAGGCCUGGGCCAGAAGGUGGGAAAGUAUGUCCGCGUCUCCCAGGACACGCCCUCCAGUGUAAUCUACCACCUCAUGACCCAGCACUGGGGCCUGGACAUCCCCAACCUCCUGAUCUCGGUGACUGGUGGGGCCAAGAACUUCAACAUGAAGCUGAGGCUGAAGAGCAUCUUCCGCAGAGGCCUGGUCAAGGUGGCUCAGACCACAGGUGCCUGGAUUAUCACCGGGGGGUCCCACACAGGUGUGAUGAAGCAGGUGGGCGAGGCAGUGCGGGACUUCAGCCUGAGCAGCAGCUACAAGGAGGGAGAGGUCAUCACAAUCGGAGUCGCCACCUGGGGCACCAUUCACAACCGGGAGAGCCUGAUUCAGCCCACGGGUAGCUUCCCCGCUGAGUACAUACUGGAUGAGGAAGGCCAAGGGAACUUGACCUGCCUGGACAGCAACCACUCCCACUUCAUCCUUGUGGACGAUGGGACCCACGGCCAGUACGGGGUCGAGAUCCCCCUGAGGACAAAGCUGGAGAAGUUCAUAUCGGAGCAGACAAAGGAGAGAGGAGGCGUGGCUAUCAAGAUCCCCAUUGUCUGUGUGGUGCUGGAGGGCGGCCCUGGCACGUUGCACACCAUCUACAACGCCAUCACCAAUGGUACCCCCUGCGUGAUCGUGGAGGGCUCAGGCCGCGUGGCUGAUGUCAUUGCCCAAGUGGCCAAUCUGCCCAUCUCUGAGAUCACCGUCUCCCUGAUCCAGCAGAAACUGAGCGUCUUCUUCCAGGAGAUGUUUGAGACCUUCACCGAGAGCCGGAUCGUUGAGUGGACCAAAAAGAUCCAAGACAUUGUCCGGAGUCGGCAGCUGCUGACUGUCUUCCGGGAAGGCAAGGACGGUCAGCAGGAUGUGGAUGUGGCCAUCCUGCAGGCCUUGCUGAAAGCCUCUCGGAGCCAAGACCACUUUGGCCACGAGAACUGGGACCACCAGCUGAAGUUGGCAGUGGCGUGGAACCGUGUGGACAUUGCCCGCAGCGAGAUCUUCACCGAUGAGUGGCAGUGGAAGCCUUCAGAUCUGCACCCCACGAUGACCGCCGCACUCAUCUCCAAUAAGCCCGAGUUCGUGAAGCUCUUUCUGGAGAACGGGGUGCGGCUGAAGGAGUUUGUCACCUGGGACACGCUGCUGUACCUCUACGAGAACCUGGAGCCAUCCUGCCUGUUCCACUGCAAGCUGCAGAAAGUGCUGGCCGAGGAGCCUGAGCGCCUGGCUUGUGCGCCCGCCACGCCUCACGUGCAGAUGCACCACGUGGCGCAGGUGCUGCGGGAGCUGCUGGGAGACUUCACGCAGCCGCUGUACCCCCGCCCCCGGCACAGCGACCGGCCCCGGCUCUUGCUGCCUGUGCCACACAUCAAGCUCAACGUGCAAGGUGUGAGCCUUCGCUCCCUCUACAAGCGGUCAUCAGGCCAUGUUACCUUCACCAUGGACCCAGUCCGUGACCUUCUCAUUUGGGCCAUUGUCCAGAACCGCCGGGAGCUGGCAGGAAUCAUCUGGGCUCAGAGCCAGGACUGCAUUGCGGCGGCCUUGGCCUGCAGCAAGAUCCUGAAGGAGCUGUCGAAGGAGGAGGAGGACACGGACAGUUCAGAAGAGAUGCUGGUGCUGGCGGACGAGUAUGAGCACAGAGCCAUUGGGGUCUUCACUGAGUGUUAUCGCAAGGACGAGGAGAGAGCCCAGAAGCUGCUCAUCCGUGUGUCGGAGGCCUGGGGGAAGACCACAUGCUUGCAGCUUGCCCUGGAGGCCAAGGACAUGAAGUUCGUGUCUCACGGGGGCAUCCAGGCCUUCCUGACCAAGGUGUGGUGGGGCCAGCUCUGCGUGGACAAUGGGCUAUGGCGCGUGGUCCUGUGCAUGCUGGUCUUCCCGCUGCUUUUCACUGGCCUCGUCUCAUUCAGGGAGAAGAGGCUGCAGGCGGUGGGCGGCUCUGCGUGUGCCCGCGCCUUCUUCAGCGCGCCCGUGGUCGUCUUCCACCUGAACAUCCUGUCCUACUUCGCCUUCCUCUGCCUCUUCGCCUACGUGCUCAUGGUGGACUUCCAGCCCACGCCCUCCUGGUGCGAGUGUGCCAUCUACCUCUGGCUCUUCUCUCUGGUGUGUGAGGAGACGCGGCAGCUCUUCUACGACCCGGACGAGUGUGGGCUCAUGAAGAUGGCGGCCCUGUACUUCAGUGACUUCUGGAACAAACUGGACGUCGCUGCCAUUGUGCUCUUUAUAGCGGGGCUGACCUGCAGGCUCAUCCCAGCGACGCUGUAUCCUGGACGCGUCAUCCUUUCCCUGGAUUUCAUCAUGUUCUGCCUCCGGCUGAUGCACAUUUUCACUGUCAGCAAGACGCUGGGUCCCAAGAUAAUCAUUGUGAAGCGGAUGAUGAAGGACGUCUUCUUCUUCCUCUUCCUGCUGGCAGUGUGGGUGGUGUCCUUCGGGGUGGCCAAGCAGGCCAUCCUCAUCCACAACGAGAGGCGGGGGGACUGGAUCUUCCGCGGGGGGGUCUACCACUCAUAUCUCACCAUCUUCGGGCAGAUCCCAGCCUACAUCGACGGUGUGAACUUCAACUUGGACCAUUGCAGCCCCAAUGGCACAGACCCCUACAAGCCCAAGUGCCCCGAGAGUGAUGUGACACGGCACGAGCCUGCCUUCCCCGAGUGGCUAACGGUCAUCCUGCUGUGCCUGUACCUGCUCUUCACCAACAUCCUUCUGCUUAACCUGCUCAUCGCCAUGUUCAACUACACGUUCCAGCAGGUCCAGGAGCACACGGACCAGAUCUGGAAGUUCCAGCGCCAUGACCUGAUCGAGGAGUACCACAGCCGGCCCCCCGCGCCACCCCCCUUCAUCCUGCUCAGCCACCUGCAGCUUUUCAUCAAGAGGGUGGUCCUGAAGAUCCCAGCCAAGCGACACAAGCAACUCAAGAACAAGCUGGAAAAGAACGAAGAGGCGGCCCUCCUGUCCUGGGAGAUCUACCUGAAGGAGAACUACCUGCAGAACCAGCAGUACCAACAAAAGCAGAGGCCAGAGCAGAAGAUUGAAGACAUCCACAAUAAGGUGGAUGCCAUGGUGGACCUGCUGGACAUGGACCGCCUGAAGAGGUCGGGCUCCACGGAGCAGAGGCUGGCCUCCCUGGAGGAGCAGGUGGCGCAGACAGCCAGAACUCUGCACUGGAUCGUGAGGACCCUGAGGGAUAGUGGCUUUGGCUCGGAGGCAGGCGUCCCCAUUCUGGCACCCCAAAAGGCUUCUGAGGAGCAGGAUGCUGAGCCAGGUAGCAGAAAGAGGGCAGAGGAGCCAGGUGACGGCUACCACGUGAAUGCCCGGCACCUCCUUUACCCCAACAGUCUGGUCACACGGUUCCCUGUGCCCAACGAGAAGGUGCCCUGGGAGGUAGAGUUCCUAAUCUACGACCCGCCCUUUUACACAGUGGAGAGGAAGGAGGCAGCCAUCGUGGACCCCACAGGAGAUGCCCUGGAACCCCUUUCCAGGAUCAGGUACAACGUCGUGGAUGGACCGACAGACCGCCAGAGCUUCCACGGGCCCUACGCGGUGCAGCACGGGCUUCCCCUGAACCCCAUGGGCCGCACGGGCCUGCGUGGGCGUGGGAGCCUCAGGUGUUUCGGACCCAAUCACAUGCUGCACCCCGUGGUCACCCGGUGGAGACGGAAUCAGGACGGAGCCAUCUGUAGGAAAAGCAUAAAGAAAAUGCUGGAGGUGUUGGUGGUGGAACACCCUCUCUCAGAACACUGGGCCCUGCCAGGGGGCUCCCGGGAGCCGGGGGAGACGCUGCCCCGGAAGCUGAAGCAGAUCCUUCGGCAGGAGUCCUGGCCAUCCUUUGAGAACUUGCUGAAGCGGGGCAUGGAGGUGUACAAAGGGUACAUGGAUGACCCCAGGAACACAGACAACGCCUGGAUAGAGACGGUGGCUAUCAGCAUCCACUUCCAGGACCAGAACGACGUGGAGCUCAAGAGGCUGAACUCUCACCUGCAGGCCUGUGAGCCGGGGGUGUCUGCCCGGUGGCAGGUGGUGGACAAGCGCAUCCCCCUGUACGCCAACCACAAGACCAUCCUCCGGAAGGCGGCCACUCUCUUUGGGACUCACUACUGACCACAGACCCAGGCUGGGCAGCCCCAUGGGGGGUCCCGCGGUGGCCUGGACUGCCAUCUGCUGGUGACUGCACAGGAGUUGGCCGACUCUGGCUACCUGAGGCACAUGCGGCCCUGGACCUGGGUACUGGAGGGGGCGCCACCUGGCACCUGCAUGAUGUGGUUCUGGUGAUUCUGCUGCCCCUGUGCCCACCUCAAGUCAGCUGGCUGGACCAGCCUGUGCACAAGGUGUCCAGGCACCCCAAGAGAACAGCUCAAGCAGGUCUCUCAGAAUUGAGGGGCCCUGGGACCCCAUCAGCAAUCGCCACCUCCCCCAGCCAGCUGGCAGCCAGUCAAGGGGCUGGGCCCCCUUGCAGCUGUGGCCCUCGGCAGAGCCCACUCCCAUCUUGGUCACGUCAUGAGCAGCAUAUCCACUCUGGAGGUGCAUCAGCCCAAGGCUGUUUCCUGGAGAGUUGGGUCCUCUGCAGCCUCCUUAGGCCCAUGUCUGGAGGACUUGGGGGCCAACCUGCUACACCACCGAGAUGGUUUCCUCUAGCCAAUGGGAUCUAAUGUGGACCCUCUCCCAGCCUGGGUGGGGGCACCGUGCGAACCCAGCUCACCACCCGUGUUGUAAGGGCCCCUUGAUGGGGGGCAGGGGGCCCAGUCAAGCCCCGGCCUCUCCCAAAAGGCAGAGGGUUUCUGCUCCCUGUGCUGCCCAGGGAUCCUUGGGGUGAGGCCGCAGAAGCAGACGCUGGGCUCUCCCUCCACCCCUUGGAGUCACAGGCAAGUGGGUGUGGAUGGCGGGGCCUCCUGGUGUGGCCUCGGCACUCAGAAAAGCCAUCAGGAGCUGUCAGGGCAGGGAAUGCUGUAAAGACUCAAGAUAUUAGAUCUGGGGUCUCAUGCCAGCCUGUGCUCACCACAAAUAAAGUUACUGGCAUAUCCAA